AUGGCGGACCCGAUCUCCAUUCUAGGCCUGAUAUUACAGGUAGCCCAUACCACGAAAAGAGUGUAUGACUUUGCGAAACAGGUCAGAAAUGCCGACAGUGAGAUUUGCGAGCUGUUCGGGGAGCUUUUCGCGCUGAAAGCGAUUCUCGAACAGAUGCAGACAGAUCACGGCGAGAAAAAGGCUGCUCAAGGGCCGGGGUCAACGCCGUUUCGGGACGCGUUGCUCAAGGCUAAUACCGUCUUGGAGGAGUCGCGGUUGGCGAAGUUGGGGUGGCCGAGUAGGAAGGGGGGUCUUGAGGGCAAUAUUGCUCAGCUUGAGAGGCUGAAGACGUAUUUCAUUCUGGUGAUUCUGAACGACAGAUCGGUCGUUGAGAAGGAGAUGGCACGUUCUAUUGACGCCGUUGUUGACUGGAGCAGAGAGAUGAGGCAAUUACGAGAAGGCUCGAUCGCUCUGUCAGCCUGGUACUGGAGCUUGAUUUAUCGACGGGCCUUUCCGGUCGUGGAUUGCGACGACGAGCAAGUGCCGAUUGCUCUCCCUAGAGGGAAAAUAAUUAACAUUCAGGCGUUUCUCAACACGCAGCUAACUUUAGUGCUGGGUCUUCGACGGCUACCGGAGCACAUCAAAUGCCGCAUCAAGAAGGUUUUGCUUGAGAAAGCAAGUGGAAUGUUCCGAUACGUGCAAUGUCAAAUAGACCUUUUAAGUGCCCAGAAAACGGGCCGCGACGUCAUUCGCGCUCUGGAAAGUAUGCCGGAAAGCCUGCACGGCACCUACGAGACCAUCCUAUGUCGGAUCCCCUCGUAUGACCGGGAAAUUGCAAGAGAAACUCUGCUCUGGCUUAGUUUAGGCUAUCAGGAGAUUACCUUGUCCGAGCUAAGCGAGGCACUCAUCCUGACCAAAGGGGAUAAGAACAUUGACGACGACUGUAGACUUUUUGACCCACACAUGAUUCUCUCAAUCUGCCAAGGGCUGAUAGUUUACGAUGAGCGUACAUUGUUCGUCGCUCUAGCGCAUUCCUCAGUCAAAGCUUUUCUAACAUCGGACGCAAUCAAAGAAGGGCCAGCGGCGUACUACAGCCUGGACGAGACUGAGGGAUCACGGCGCAUCUGGCAAAAAUACUUGACGUACCUGAUGCUCUACAAUUUCAAGCAGCCCUGUCCAAACUUCCGUUCUCUCGCAAGCCGUCUGGAGUACCCGCUGCUCAAGUAUGCUUCCGAGAACUGGGCGAGCCACUGCAGUCCAUCCUGGGCAUCUAGCCAUUCUCUCAUCGAUACGGAAAUCGACGAGAUUCUAUCUUUCUUCAAUACCCGCCAUCUCCCGGAUGGGGGAAACUAUACGUCCUGGGUCCAGGUACUUCUGUAUGAAGCUCCCGCUGCACAAGCCCUCAGGACGGAGCCCUUGUACUACGCUGCCUCGUACGGCAUCGUGCCCCUGGUGGACAGACUUAUCAGGUCCGGCGGCCGUAACAACGCAACCCCUCUCAUCGUCGCCUGCUACAGAGGCCAAACGGCUACCGUGCAGAGGUUACUGGAAGCAGGCGCAGACCCUACGAUUCAGGAUGCAGUGGAGAUGUGCAGCCUGGAAUGGGCAAUCAGGAGGCAGCAGCGGGAUAUUGUUGAUACCCUGCUAUCGCACAUGUACAAAUCCAUGGAAAUGGAGUCGUCGGGUCUGUACUGGCAGUGUCGAUCGUGCAGAUACCAGAACCCGAUUGGGUGUGCUGUACAGCCGUGCGCUUCCUGUGGGAAUGAUUUUCUUGAUCGGUAUGGCACUAGGAGCUCGGGGAGCUCUGCAUCACGGACGAGCAGGGCUUGGUCGCGCAUUGGUCGCACGUCUGAGCCAGAUCGUGGCGCACGAGGCCAUCAAGUGUCGUCUGAGUCUUGA